GCGCAGGAAGUGGAGGAAGUCGAGGAGCUGCGACCUGGAACGGCUCCUCAGCUCAGUUGAGUCGCAGUUCUCGAGGCGAGCGGUUGUGCGAGAGUGGAAACACUCCUUAAAAGUUAUAAAAAAUAUUUAAAGAAAGGCAGCAACCAAGUGGAAGCUAGCUAAGAUCGAUUCUUCAAGAGAUUUACUGUAACAAAUUAAAUACCAAAGUGAAUUUAAUAAAGUUUCUUGACAAGAUCUUAAAGUAAAACCCAUUACCCAAGUGAAACUAACUCAAGAUCAACCCCUAAAAAAAGUAGCCAGUACAGUGCGUUCACCAUGUCGCAGCAUAAUUACACCAAUCCGGCUUUUUGCCAGAACAGCGAGUUCUAUCCCGUGCCCAGUGGCCAAGUGGAGUCCAUUUACAACAGAAGUUUGCAGCUAAAUUUCGGUCCAGCUCCGCCGCGUAACACACGUGAUCCUCGCGAAGGUCCUUUGCGCAUACAAAGAAGUCUCUCCACGCGAUCGGUGGCCAGGAAACCGCAGCAGCAGCUGCAGCAGCAACAGCAACAUAUAAUUCAACAGCAGCAGCAGAAAUAUCCUUAUCCUGGCAAACCUCAGUUGUAUUCAGCCAAUCAGCAGACAUCCUCCUCUGGCCGCUAUGCUUUGGUGCCUCUCGAAGAACUCAAUACUAGUCGAGCUGGCCGAUAUGCCAUUGUCCCAGGUCAGGCGGCCCAAAGAUUGGCUAGAUCACAGGACAACCUCAAUUGCUAUAGCUCCAGGCAUGGCUUGCAUGAGGAGCAAGAAGAACCGCACUCAUUCCAUGAGGAGCCCCACCAGGAGACCCAGUUUGCCAGCUUGCCACCUAACCUUAACCAACCCAUCAAGCCCAGGAGCAAUAGGAAUAAUAACAACAACCCAAAUCCCAAUCAAACUCAGCUCAAGAGCGCCUUCAGUAGCGACUUUGGCAGCAAGACUUUCCUAAUUGUGGACAAAAACAGCAACCAGAGGUAUCAGAUGGUACCCACGGCGGAGGAUGAGGAGCUGGUGGAUGAGAAUCAAGAGAUCAUACAGAUGCACAACGGUCGAGCUCAUCGAUAUGCGGUGGUGCCCACAGAUGCAGAUGACGAUGACUAUCCGGAGGAGCAGGAGCAGCAGCAGGAGACCUGCCUGAGCAACUCGGAGUUAAGUCAGCAGUUUGCAGCCAGGACCUCGACGCCGCAGCAAAGGAAUGCAGCGGCGGCAACGAGGGCACUUCAUGAGCUUCUUACCACACCUAGGAAGAUGCAGCCACCGCCAAGGUUGGCUCAUUCCACGCCCCGAAAUGCCGCCCACCAUGAACAGUUGCAGCUGGAGCGUCGGUUGGAGAUUUAUAAGAGCCAGCAGAUCUACCAGAGCCAGCUGGCGGCAGGACCGCCGCCAAGUUUGCCGCUUCGCCAGAAUCGCUUGUCGCCGCAGAGACUCCACUAUGAGACGGUGAAGCCGCCGGCUUCUCUGCAGAUGACCGAUCGCUCUAUGGCCGUCAUCAGUCCUAGGGUUCAAGAGCAAGAGCGGGAGCUCGAGCAGGACAUGAGCAGCAUCCAGGGAAAGCCAUCAAAGAAUAAUAAUACGUAUACGCAAAAGCUGGCCAAUGCCACCAUCACCCUGGCAGUGGUCUCCCUUAUGCUCGUCCUGGGCAGCACUAUGAACGCGGGCCUCACUAUCUACAUGAUAGCUCACUUUGGCAAGGCCUUUUAUCUCCAGUUUGGCCUGGUGGCCUCCUUUUGCGGCAUAGGACUUGGUUUUCUGGGCUUCAAGUCGCGUCACUGCGAGUGGCUGCCCAAUCGAAGCUAUAGCUCCGGCUACAUCCUGGUAACCGUGUUCUGUCUCUUCAAGUCAUGUGGAUUGCUGGUGAUACUUGUGCUGGACCCUUUCCCGGGUCUACCUCUCCACGAUGUGACCACUGGAGUUAUUCUGGGACUCUCCACCUUCACCAUGUUCUUUAUUGGCUUGGGCGUUCUGGGAACGUUGUGGUGCCACCGUCCUCCACCAGAUAACCGCGUGAAUGUGGUUUAAUCGGUGGGAGUUGGUAGAUACUUAAACUUAGUCUGUAACUAGUUGUAAUUCGACAAAAACUUGGCACACCGAACGGCUAAAAGACCAAAAAACAAAGUAUUAGAUUUGUAAUUCAAGGAAGAUCACCAUCCGCUAACGACUGUACAUAAUAAGUGGGUUGUACUUAAUGCUAAAUUAUAUAUUUUUUAUUUGUAGAAUGUUUACACGCUACUAACUUAUUGUUCACCUUUAGUUUUUAAGGAAAAUAAUUAAAUAAAGGCACUUGAUUACCA